CUUCAUUUCAUUAGUAAAAGAUGUUAAGUAUAACUCCUUUUAUUGUUACAAUUAUUUUAGUAAACUUCUCUUCUUGUUUAUAUUCUGUCCUUGGCGCCAAUAACACUGGUUUGGCAACAUGGUAUGGGACAGAAACCGGUUCCGGAAAAGCUGCUGCUUGUGGAUGGGAUGACGAUUCUAAAGAUCCCCCGUUCUCGUCCAUGAUAGCAGCAGGAAAUGCUAAAUUCUUUCUUAAAGGCCAGGGAUGCGGACAUUGCUUUGAGGUAUUUUGUUCGCGUAAACCAUACUGCACAGGUAAACCAAUUAAAAUCACGAUCACUGAUGAGUGUCCAGGAAAAUGUAACGAUAUCCCUUACCAUUUUGAUUUAAGUGGCCAUGCUUUUGGUGCUAUGGGACCCCCUGGCCAAGAGCAUGCUCUACGAAUGCUAGGCCAAGUCGACAUUCAGUUCAAAAAGGUGCCAUGCAGCUAUGGAAGUACGAAGAUCGCGUUCAAAAUUGACAAGAAAACCAACCAAUACUGGUUUGCGACAGCAAUAGAAUAUGUUAAUGGGGAUGGUGCUUUAACUAAAGUGGAAAUGGCAUCAGCUGGUUCUCCACUUUUUACUCCAAUGAAAAACAUAUGGGGUGCAGUUUGGCAAAAAGACACUGCCGUAUUAUUCAAACCUCCAUAUUCUUUCAAGCUGACGUCAGGUGAUGGGAAAACCAUUACAGCUAGUAAUGCGGUUCCUGCGAACUAUAAAGCUGGUCAAAAAUUGGGUAGAAGGAGUAAGCCACACGCUUACCUAGUCUUUAGUUUUGUAAGGGGCAUUGAGGGCCUGAUUUCCAACACUUGGUAUAGAGCGAAGGUUGAAGCGGGUAGGUUUGAGAGUCGACUUUUGAAGGAGGGAUGAGCCUUUGGUUGUAGGGCAGCAGAAGCAGUGGGUCAUCAACUGUUUUGGAGGAAAAAGACAGAAAGAUGGUCUGACUGGCAGCAAUUGAAAGAAAGAGAUGAAGAAAGAAGCAAGAAAUGCAAGUAGUAUGUAGCAAGUAGCAGACAAGAAAGAAAGCAAGAAUGAAAGAUAAGUAGUUAAUCAGAAGAAAGAUGCAGCAGCAGAAGUUUGUUGUUUGUUAGCAGGUAGAAAGAAGAAGCAAACAACAAGUGAUUAAGAAGAAGGAGAGGGUCAGUUGCAAGCAAGAAAAACAAGAUAGCAAGCAAGAGGUUUGUAGCAUGUAGCAAACCAGAAGUCUGUAGCAAGUAGCAGCAAAAUCACAAGUAGUAGUCAACAAACAUAAGAAAGAAAGCAAGAAAGCAAGCAGGAAGGUAAAGCAAUCAGUAAGGUUGGUCACAUUUUGGGAAUGAAAAAGGCAUGAGACAGCAAGAUGUCUGAACAAGGUUAUAGCAAGAGAAGCAAGAUCAAGAUCAUCAAGAUCAAGAUUAGGGAGGUGAAUGUUGGGUAAUCUUGAUUAAAUUGGGUUGUCUUCAUGGUCUUAGAUUAAGUUAUGCAUAUUUUUUUUUAAUAAUAAAGAAACAGGGAAAAGCUAUGACCGCAUAUUAGGGGUACAUUGGGUAGAAGGAGUCAGCCACUUACCUAGUCUUUUGGUAGAAUCAGUAUUUUAUUAAUUUCCACACGUUUUGUUAGGCUAUAAAUAUAGCCAUAUACGUAUGAAUGAAAAAGUAUAUUUUUUUGAG